AUGGCUUCAGAGGAUAAGUAUUUCUACGCCAGCCUGGUCUUUCUGGCGCUGGCGCUCGUGGCAAUCGUGCCGUAUGGCCUGCUCGCCUUCAUGAAACUUCGUGCAGCCAGCAAAUCCGCCCGCAGCGGCCUCCUCUGGAUCCGAGCGACGACCGUCCUGGUGGGAAUAUGGAUUGCUAUCUGGUUGGCCGAAUUGAGCAUUGCUACCCACGUCCAAGUGGCUGGACCGACGCCGUACGAUCUCCGCGCAUCGCUGUACCAUCUCGAGGGCGUCAAGACCCUGAUCGGCUUCACCACCUUCGCCUCGAUCGUCUACACGGAGCUCGAGCUCGUCAUUACCCUCGAAGAUACCGACCAGACCCCGAUCUACCGAUACUUUUGCUGGGGGGUCUACGCUGUCUCCAUGAUGCUCAACAUGGCCCGAUUUGUCGUAUACGAAGUCGCUCUCGUUAAGCCCGAUGUAGCAAAGCUCGGAAGCGUCUCUGAAAAGCUCGAACUCGUCAUCGCCGUCCUAAUUGCCGUGUUCUCCAUGGUCGGUGUCCUCGCCCUCAUGCUCUACCGCAUGAUCCUCCACGAGACCGACUUUAUCGUGCUUGCCCUCGCCUACGGCCUGACAUUCGUUCGCCAGCUUGUCAGCGUCGUGCAGGUUGUAUUGAUGGACACGGAUGGACACAAGGCCGACGACUUCCCCUUGGACGGCAAUUGGCGCCGACUGGUCGAUGUUCUCGUUAUCGGAUGGACCGUUGUCGCCUCCGUCGCCAUGAUCUACACCGUCGUGGCCAAAAAUACCGAGUCCCAGUACUACGACGGGGCGUCCGACACCGCCUCGCUCUGUAGCAGGAGGUCCGACAAGUCGUUCAACUGCAAGGACAGCGUCACCUGGGACAACUUCUCCGCCGAGGCGCUGGAGAAGUUCAAGGCCGACGUGCAGCGCAACUCGAUGAACCGGAGCGUCAAGGUGCAGCGGACGUCGAUGCUACGCGAGUCGAUGAGCCACCGGGAGUCGAUGCAGGGGGUGGUGAACCCGAACCGGAACUCGAUCCAUCACAAGAUCAUCAAGUCGUGA